UUCUGAGUAUGGUAAUUGUAUCAUGCUCGGCAAAUGCAAGGGGGGGGCAAGCGAGAAGCUAUCGUAUCUACACAGUGUUCGUGAUAUGAGACUCUGCGAAACAGCCACCUCACCAUACCGCAUGAAGGAUAUUUGUGACCAAAUACCAUUGACGUUAGAAGGCUUGCCUUUGGAUAAAACUGGCUAUCAUCAAAACUGCUACAAAACCUUCACAGGGAAAUUGGAUCGUUUAAAAGUGUCAAAGGCUUCUACAUCUGGUGAAUCAUCGUCAUCGAUAAAGGACUCCCUACGCCAUCCCAAAUGUCUCUCAAGUCAAACUGAAGGGGCUCGGUGUUCCUUCUUGUUCCCAAAUCAGUGUAUCUUCUGUGACAAAACAACAACCAAGUGGGAAGACUGAAGAGCUAAAAAAGUUUCAGAGUUGGAAACACAAAGAACCAGCCUGGAAAGUUAUCGAACCUAGGGCACAGGAAUUGAAGAAAGAGGUUCUUUAUCGCAAGGUGCAGGGCAAGGACCUCUUUGCUAUGGAAGCUCAGUAUCAUCCAAUAUGCAGAAAUAACUUCAACAAUGAGUACCAAAACCAUGAGCGUGGAAGGAAGAGAGGAAAAAAGGCAGCAGACAACAUUGACAGCCCUCAGGCCCGGAAAAUGGCAGCACAUGACAAGUCCUAUUGUGUAGUAAAGGUUUACAUUCUUAGGAAUGUGGUUGAACACAAAGAAGUCGUUCAGCUAAGAUCCAUGUGCAGCUUGUACAGGAAGACACUGGAAGGUGAAUGUUUUCCUAAUCCUGAAUACCGCAGUGAGAAAUUGGCAAGACGUUUACAAGGAGACAAAGACAUAUCUCGUGAACUCACAUUCUCAAAGGUACCACACCAUGGUUGUCUUGAGUUGAACCUUAUAUACAGCUCAAGCAUUACUGUAGAUGAAGCAGUUAAAUGUGCGUACAAACUUGGAACAUCUGAUCAACUACAAGAAGCAGCACUCACCCUCAAUUCUCACAUUAAAAAGGCAUUCAAAGAGUCAAAGGAGCUACCAUGGCCCCCAACUGCACAGGAGCUGGAUGCUGUGAAAAUGGAUGAACUGCUCCCAGAGCAUCUUGUACAAUUUCUGAGCUCAGUGGUGACUGGGACACUUAAUGAAGAAAAGUGUGAGAAGACGCAGAGGCUGGUCUAUUCGAUUACACAAGAUGUGUGUCAAGCAGCAACUAACAGCAAGUGGAAACUCCCAAAGCUCAUCUUCCUGUGUGCCACACUUCGGCACCUCUGUCGAAGCAAACAGCUCACAACCAUCCUUUCACGACUAGGACACUCAGAGACAUAUGACUUCAGUAUGGAACUUGAGACAGCCAUGGCCAAGGCUUUUGAUGAGAUGUCCACCAACCUGACCCCUCAAAUCAUCACUGGCGAGGGAAACACUGUUUUUCACAGCGAGUGGGACAACCUGAACAGAAUCACCACCAACGUUCAUGGUUCAAAUGUGGUAAACAGUGCCGGGGAAUCAUGAUUCAAGAAGUGAAGGAGAGCCAUGUGAGCACCAAGAAAAGGACCCUUCCUCUCUAUGACAGGUCAUCCAAGAUGAGAAGCCUUAAGAUCACGCCUCCCGAGACGCUGCCAGAGCUGGCAUUCAAAAGAGUUGGCCCCAAAUUCCCCAAGAAUGCCAACUUUACCCCUCCUGCUGAGAACCAAGUGUCAUAUGAUGCCUCAAUGUUGCAGUACAACACCCACCUCCUCAGCAGAUGGUUGAGCAGCCAGGGCAAGCAGCAAGUGCCUGGAUUUGGUGGUUUUAUUUCAAGCACAGGGAAAGUGCCUCCUAGGAAAUCUACCAUCGACUUUUACAUCCCCAUCAACCAGCCCAUUACAGACAACGCAGUAGUGUAUGAGCUACUCAAGAGAUCCGAGGCAGCAACUGAGGAGGUUGGACAGCCAUACACCAUCAACACAUUUGACCUGGGAGUCGUCAUGAAAGCCUGUCCUAUAGUAUGGAAGUACGAGGAGAAAUUCAGUAAGCAUGUGAACCUCAUUGGCAAGUUCCACACAGCCAGACUCACUGGGCGCAAGUGUCUUGGAGCUGGCUACGCCGAGAUCCUCAUACAGGGUGUCCGCGGGGUCUUCAAAAGUAUUAAAAAUUAAUAAAUCAAUUUAGCGAAAAUUAAGGCUAUUAAAAAGUAUUAAACGGCAUUUUCCAAGGUAUUAAGAAGGUCCACAGCAACGACAACAUUAAACACCCUUUAAUUUACUGAAACAACAUGUCGGGAAACCCCCUCAAGGUGGCCCCAUGCAUAGCGUGCCAUAACAUGCUGCUUCUUAUUUUAAGUUUCGUUGCCUUGCUCCGCUCUGUGGGGGGGUGGGUUUAUCUGCUGGUGGACUACCUGAGAGAUAUACAGCAGGAGAACACGCCGUCCACCGCGGAGAAUAAACAGGAGGGCAACCAUGACAACCAUGCUCCGGGGUCUUCUUCGCUGCUUUUGGUGUAUUUUGUGGCGGCAGCAGCGCCACUUACAGGCCUGGCAUAUGUACUACAGCGUUUCCAGCAUUUCCAGCGGUCUAGUGUGAACGGACACGUUAAUGAAUCGAAUGCGUGUGAACGGAAGACUUUUUUGCGUUUGCGUAUGCGUUUUACUGUAUGCGUCCUCUUGGGGCUGGGGUCUAAGCCAAACUAUAUCAGGUCACAGAGAUCUGCUAUUUUAAAGUAAGUUCAACACAUAUCGACCCUAAAUAUAGUCUAUAUUAAGAACGAGAAAAGUCUUAACAUAUAUAUCAUUUUUUGUAAACAUAAGACAAAUGUGUGAG